AUGACGCGAAUGCUCUUGGCUGCAGUCGUGGCCUUGAUUCCACUUGCGACAGCGCAGCGCAUCGGCUCAAUCCCCGAAAUUCACCCUCAGCUCCAGACAUGGAAAUGCUCUACGAAAAAUGGAUGCGUCAAACACAGCACUUCUGUCGUUCUUGAUGCGCUUUCCCACCCACUUCAUGCCGUAGGCAACGCCAGCAUCUCAUGCGGAACCGGGGACGGUGGUUUAAGCAAAGAGCUCUGCGCAACUAAAGAGUCAUGCGCCAAGAACUGUGUCUUGGACGGCGUCGAUUAUGCUUCCCAUGGUGUUGAAACCAAAGGCGACAGUUUAAUUCUCCAUCAGUACAAGAAGUCGAAUGGAGUUGUUUCCGCCGUUUCGCCGCGUGUGUAUCUGCUAGAUGAGUCUGGCAAGAAUUACGACAUGCUGCAGCUACUAAACCAAGAGAUCAGUUUUGACGUUGAGCUUUCAUCACUUGUUUGUGGCAUGAAUGGCGCACUUUAUCUUUCAGAGAUGUUGCAGUCUGGUGGGCGGAAUAAGCUCAACCCCGCGGGUGCUCAAUAUGGUACUGGCUACUGCGACGCACAAUGUGGAUCAAGCCCAUGGAUUAAUGGCGUCGCCAAUGUUGACUCUCUCGGCGCGUGCUGCAAUGAAAUGGAUCUAUGGGAGGCAAACGCUCGCUCCACUGCUCUAACCCCUCACGCUUGCAAUGUGACCCGGUUGUUCGCGUGUGAUGGCGAUGACUGCGGCAGCAGUGGAGUUUGUGAUAAGUCUGGAUGUGGAUAUAACCCCUAUGCCCUCGGCGACAAAGACUAUUAUGGUUACGACAUGACGGUAGACACCAAGAAGGGUUUUACCGUUGUCACCCAGUUCAUAACUGACGACCACACACCGCGGGGAAAUUUGUCGGAAAUCCGACGUCUCUAUGUGCAGAAUGGAAAAGUAAUCCACAAUGCAGUCGCAGAGGUCUCGGGCAGCGAAGUGGAUUCAAUUACCGAAGGCCUUUGUGAGAACUCCGCCAGCUACUUCCAGAAGAUGGGCGGCCUGAAGCAGAUGGGGAACGCACUCCGCAGGGGCAUGGUUCUGAUCUUCAGUAUCUGGAAUGACUCUGGUCAGUUUAUGAGCUGGUUAGACAGUGGCAACGCUGGUCCUUGCAAUAGCACCGAAGGCAAUCCUGCACUGAUUCAAGCACAGCAUCCUGAAACUUCGGUGACAUUUUCCAAUAUUCGUUGGGGAGAUAUUGGAUCUACUUAUCCCCACAAGAAGAAUUGA